AUGGAACAACAUGGAGAGCAGUAUGACUACAGAAAUGGCUACAAACUCAACGACACUGGCGUAUACAUUAAUGAUAAACAGCAGCUUCAAAUACAGGAAGCAAAGGCAGAAGAUGCCGGACGCUACUCUUGCAUUGCUGAGAAUAAGCCUGGACGCGCAGAGAAGGAUCUUGUGGUUUCUAUCCUCAAGCCACCGCUAAUGGAAAUUCGCUUUGCACCUAAGGAGGUUCAACAAGGCCACCAACUGACCUUGCAAUGUCCUUUGGAUGAUCCUACGGUUGAAUUUUUCUGGACAAAGAAUGGCAUACCUGUUACGACUUCGGACAAAGUUCAGAAUGAAGCAGGAGAGGAUCAGGCCGUUUUUGACACGAUUGUCAAUGGUAGAACAGCUCAAUAUGUAACAUCUGUAAGCAGAGUUGCUCCCAAAAUUCGAGGUCCAUCAUUCCGCUCAAUGGACGUGAUCUUGAACCAAACGGUCGAAUUGGCAUGUGAUGUUGAGGGUACACCUGCCCCAACGAUUACAUGGUUAAUGGAUGGCAAAACAUUGCUGGAAAAUGAAAAUGUGCAGUUUGUGGACAGUGGUCGUGUACUUUUGCUGAACCAUGUGCAAAGCGAGGAAGAAGGGCGAUACACUUGCAAAGCAGAGAACAAGGCUGGAAAAGCAGAGGCAGACACAUAUGUCCAAGUUACCGUAUCUGCAAGCCUUACCCCACUGAUAGUUGCUAAUCAGGUAAAUGCCUAAUG